ACGGCUCUCCCGCCGCGCUCCUUCCCUCACACCGCGCGACCCUCGGCGUGGCAGGCGGCAGGCCUGGGCGCCGAUUUAAAGGAAGGGAUGUGACGAGCGCUGCGCUGUGCAUUGUGGGACUUCAUGCACAUUACCGUCGGCUUGUUCCAGUUUACACGGCGGCUGAGCGAAGUGGGGAGGGAGAAGCGCAGGGAGACAUAUUGCUGCCGCCGCCGCCGCCGCCGCCGCUAUUGCUGGGAGCUGCGCUUUUCUAGAUUGUCGACCCAGACCCACGUAAAAGAAAAUGUCCAGCAGGGGUGGGAAGAAAAAGUCGACGAAGACCUCUCGCUCGGCGAAAGCCGGGGUCAUAUUCCCCGUCGGGCGAAUGCUACGUUACAUUAAGAAAGGUCACCCGAAGUACAGGAUUGGGGUUGGUGCUCCAGUGUAUAUGGCAGCUGUACUUGAAUACCUGACCGCGGAAAUUCUUGAAUUGGCUGGAAAUGCCGCACGGGACAACAAGAAGGGUCGUGUCACACCUAGACAUAUCCUGUUGGCUGUAGCAAAUGACGAAGAAUUAAAUCAGCUGUUGAAAGGCGUCACCAUAGCCAGUGGCGGUGUAUUACCAAAUAUUCACCCAGAAUUGUUGGCGAAGAAACGGGGAUCGAAAGGAAAACUGGAAGCGAUCAUCACUCCGCCGCCGGCGAAAAAGGCAAAAUCUCCAUCACAGAAGAAAACCACAACAAAGAAAUCAGGUGGCAAGAAAGGAGCAAGAAAGGCUAAGAAACAGGGAGAAGUCAGCAAAUCAGCAAGUGCUGACAGCACAACAGAAGGCACCCCGACAGAUGGCUUCACCGUCCUUUCUACAAAAAGUCUAUUCCUUGGGCAGAAGCUGAACCUUAUUCACAGUGAAAUCAGUAAUUUAGCCGGCUUCGAAGUGGAGGCCAUUAUCAAUCCCACCAAUGCUGACAUUGACCUUAAAGAUGAUCUAGGGAGCACUUUGGAGAAGAAAGGCGGAAAAGAAUUCCUGGAGGCCGUGGUGGAACUUCGCAAAAAGAACGGACCCUUGGACACAGCUGGAGCUGUCGUCAGUGCAGGCCAUGGAUUGCCUGCUAAGUUUGUGAUCCAUUGCAAUAGCCCCAGUUGGGGUGCAGACAAAUGCGAGGAGCUAUUGGAGAAGACGGUGAAGAACUGCUUGGCUCUGGCAGAUGAGAAGAAGCUGAAGUCAAUUGCGUUUCCUUCUAUUGGAAGUGGCAGGAAUGGUUUCCCAAAACAGACUGCUGCCCAGCUGAUCCUGAAAGCCAUUUCCAGCUAUUUUGUGUCAACAAUGUCCUCUUCAAUCAAGACCGUCUAUUUUGUGCUCUUUGACAGUGAGAGUAUAGGGAUUUAUGUGCAAGAAAUGGCCAAGUUAGAUGCCAACUAAGUCGUGGAAGCAAAGAGUCCCUGCCUCCUUGCCCCCUCCCCCUCCAAUUCUUUAUUCCUCAUUGUGAGACAGAGCGGCCCUUAUUUUAAAUUUUGCUCAUCUAGGGGAAUAGAGGUGGGGCUUUUUUUGACUUUCUAAAAUGUUUUUAUGUUGGCACUGAUAGUUGGCAUUACUGCUGUUAAUGCACUGUAUUCCAGGCAUUGUCUGAAUUUAGUGUAAUCUAGGAGAUUUUAUAGUUUUAUUUUAAUGAAGUACAGAUUGAUGCAGAAGUUGUUAGCAGUACAUAGUCUGUUAUUCGUGGAAGAAACCGGCAGACCCUAUUUUGUAACUGUGUUGUGGUGCUCUUAUCAAGUGGCGUUCCUUUCUCGUUUUUUUAAAAGAAGAAGAAAAGAUGCUACACAUCUUAUUUGUGUUUACGUCUUGUCCCGAUGAUGGAUCUGAGGAGAAAAGAACCCUGUUGCCCUUAAUUAUAAUUGCAAUUUGGGAUUUGUGUGAAUUGAUUUAGUAAAAUGUUUAAAAUGUU